UGAACGAGAUUUGAAAAAAAUUGGAAAGAUUUUAAGGGAUUCAAGUUUGGCGGAUGAUGAAAAUGUCGCACCUAGCAAUUCCACCAUGCUUGUUCCUUCUUGUUGUCUUCUUUCUUGUCGGCACCUAUUGUCAACAAGAAACUUCUCAGGCACGAUAUAAGUUCUCACAACUUAUACCGACGAACUCGGUGUACGAACAUCGAGAAAGUGGUGUGCCUUUGGAAUGGGGUAAAAAAAAUGAUACAUCAUUGUUACUCCGUUCGCUCGAGGAAAAUAACGUCAUGGAUAUGUCACGAUUGAAUUCAAAGGAAAAUACAGAAGAAAUAGAAGAAGAAGAAGAAGAAGAAGAAGAAGAAGAUGACGUAGCCGAUGAAUGUGAUUACGAAAUCAAUGCUAAAUCGGAAAUUCCGUCUGAUUAUAUUAAAGAGCAAUCGAAAUGUAAACGACCGAUACACGAACGUAAUCCACUUUCAAAUGUCGAGGGUCUUCACAAUUCUAGGGAUCACGAAUACGACGAAAAUCAUUCGACGAAUCAGUAUGAUUCAUAUUAUUAUUACGAGGAUUAUGAUAACAACAAUCGAUCGCAAUAUAAAACCGUAGACGCAGAAACCGUCGAUUAUGCGGAUUUCGAAACACACGACGUAACUACUGAAAAAUUGACAGAAUUAAAUAAUCAUAAAAAUCAUCCUUUCAUAGACGAAGAACUUAUAAACGAGGACAAAGAAGAAGACGAUUCGAUCUCUACAACAAAUACAGAUGCUAAAGAAGUGACCUCGAUGGAGGGUAGCAAUAAAAACUUUGCCUUUAUGGAGCCACCUAAACUACUAUUAUCGUCAUCGGAUGAUUCUGAUGAAUUAGAAAGUCCGAUCUUGAUCGGUGAAGCUAUUGUAUCUGUAGUAACAACAAAAAGUGUCGUCAAUGGAACAAUUUCUAUUCCAACGAGCACACCAACACCAAUGACUACUGAACAAGUAGCACCACCACCGUCAUUGACCAAAGAAAAAUCUAUUGAUGAUCGAAUAUUAGAAAGUACUACGACUGAGGAUUCCAGGGUAUUGGCUUUUGUACAAACUAGUCGUAGCAUAAAUGGUGCACGUUUUCUACCAUUUCCGGUGAUAGACCGAGUCGUGCGAAUAAACAAUGAUGCUGCAGCCAUGACCCCAAUAAAAAAAACAUUUCCACCUCCAGAAUCAACGGAAAGCAUUAUCGAUAAACUUGACAGAGUGCAAUCUGAAUUAUCAAGUGGUUUCCUUGUUGGUGGCUUUAGAACAGCUGGUAAUGCAUUGCAGUUGGAUGUUUUAAAUGAUAGAGAUCGUACAAGUCGUCGUAAAUAUGUUACAUCUACGAGCGGUAGUAGUAUUACUACUACUAGCAAAACGCCUAUUAUUAGUAAAUUUGUACCUAGAAGAUAUAACGACAAGAGAUUUGAUCGUACGAAUGUUAACAACUCUUCUGAAGGGUUCUUACAUGAUUCUGAUUCCAAUGGGAUGAUUACUAGUACGGCACGAGCGAAGAUAGCCUUCAAAUGGCCUUCUGGAAAAACUACAACACCAUUAAAUUCGGAUGAAAUAAAGUCUACGACUCAGCCUAGUACAGCUGCUAUUAAAAAGACCAACACACAAAUCAUCUUUCAAGAUGUCAAAUCUUUCUUACCGCCUGGAUUUAAAUUAUCGAAAGAAGAUCGACAGGAAAUAACAGAACGUAGUGCUCUGAGCGAUAUCUUAGCUAAAUCAAAGGUUGACGUUUCUAAACUUUUGCCAGCUGAUUAUAAUAAAAAGAAGAACAUAGAAGAAGAAAUAACAGUUGCUAGUGUCGAUUCAUCGAAUAAGUUUACUACAGAAAAGAUAUCCAUUCAAAAUCUUUUUGCCAAUUCGAAGUUUGACGUGACUGCUUUGUUACCUCGUGAUUAUACGGAAAAAGUGACUAAUUCAUCAAGCUCAAAGAACAAUGAAUCGAGUGAUUCUAAUAAUAACAAUUCGACUUUAACGAGCACUGAACCGACUACAGCUAAAGCUGGUGGUUUGAAAAUUGUAUUUCCUAGCAGACCAGGUGGACGAAAACUUGGUCAUAAAAUUACAACUCCUCAGAGCCAUCGAAUCGAUGGACUUCCUGCAAUUACUCCACGUAUACAAAAGGGAUGGCCAACUAGAGCUACCACUGAGUUUACUGGCUGGCCAACUCCAUCUACUACUCCAAUCUCAAUCGAAAAACUUUUGGAAGUCGCUAGAACUGCAACGGAUAUUUCUGUGAACAUGUCAGUCGUCGAAACUACAAGUGCCGUUUCAAUAACGUCUACGACAACUACAACAACGACGACACCAAGAUCAACGACUAUUGGAAUAUGCGAGGAAGAGUGUGAAGUUGCUGGUACUAUACGGAUAAUUGGUAAUACUAUUUGGGUACCAGAGUUACUCGAUCGUAACACUCAGGAAUGGCAGCAACUUGCAAACGAGAUUGAAAGAGAUAUGAAUUUCGUCUUUUCAAAGUCUACAGUUUUAAUGAAUUGGUAUAAAAAGAUAAGAAUCGAUUCGUUCAGUCAAGGUAGUAUUCUGGUAGACUUUUUCAUUGAACUCGUGAACUUACCGCAAAGAAUCAACACGCAAGAAUUGAAAGUAAUAUUUCAUGAUUCUUUGAGAACGUAUAAUUCAAGUCGUUGGAAUGAAACUAAGGGGAAAGGAGAUAUGAAGUUAGGUGUAUUCACGAUAGAUCCUAAAUCUACAGAUUUCGUAGUGAUACCUAAGCUUCCUUUCUCUAAUAUAAUUGAAAACGAAGAUAGAUUAAUACCUCAGUGGGCAGUUGUUAUGAUAGUCAUUGGUAUUGGAGGAUUAUUAUUCAUUAUAGUAUUCGGUGUUUCCGUGCUGGUCAAUCGUCAAAAUGGUUCAAAGUUGAAACCCUCUGUGUCUACUAUUUAUGAAGAUGGAAUUGGAAAAAAUAUAUUGGGAAAUUCACAUGCAACAUCGUUAAAUAGAUCUAAUGAUUAUCCGAAGCAAAUACAUACAAUAUGGACUGAUCCAGAUGUCUCGUGGAACGAUAAAUCAUUUGAAUCGACGUCUAAUAAGGUAUUAGUAGACAGAUCAUUUCAAGAAGGUAAAAAAUAUAACCUCCACGAUAGUUGGCGAUCUGAAUGGAAUGGAUAUUAUUCUAAUCCAUCACACGGAAAUGAUGAUUACGGCGGCUAUCAUCAUCAUCAUCAUCAUCAUCAUCAUCAUCAUCAACAUCCAGAUUGUGAUACGAAUUUUUAAAAUUGAUAACAAUAAACUGUUAUCUCUGUAAUUUAUAAGUUAAUUUAUUCGUGUAAGUAUUUACUUCAGACAAUCAUUACCUUAAGUAGGUGUAAUCAAUAUGAUGCAGUACCCAUUAAUAUGAAAAAGGAUUACAAAUUUAUAUAGGAAGGAUACAAAAUUAUUAUUAAUAUUUAUAAAAAAUUAAAAAAAUAUUUUUUUUCUUUUAAUACGUACUGCAAUUAUCGUCGAAUAAUAAACUUUAAAUAUAAAAAAUUUGAUUUUUCUACUCUAGUCAAAAUAAUAAAUUAUUUUAAUUUGUAAUUAUAAAAAUAAUUAGAAAAGAGGAACAUAUAUCUUAUUUUCUAUUGAAUGGACGAUACUACUUACGAAAGAC